AGUUCCUUCUCUGCUUUGUUCCAAGAUGUGGGUCCGUCGCGUUCGUGAUUCAAGACCCCAUUAGGAACUUCUUUACUGAACCCAAGGAACAGAGCAGGCAAGAUCUGUGCUGGGCAGAUCCUUUGGAUUGAGGCUGCUGCACACAGGAGUGUGGGUGGUGAAACUGGGACUGAUGAGAUGUUGAUUCCAAAGCAUCAUUCCUGAAAAGUCAGAAUUGCAUUAUAUUCUUUCUUUCAGGAGAAUUCCACAGAGAAUUUUGCCAAGGAAGUCAAAAUUGAGAAAGCUCCUCUGAAGGGAAAGAGAAGAAUAGAGAGGCCACUGGAAUGCUCCAAGCAAGAGAAAAUGAGGAGAAAGAUGAGAAACUUCAAACAUAAGAUAGUUAAAGACAGUAAAGCACUUAGAGAAGUGAGUGACCAAGAAUCUGAAAAAGACAGUAGCCAGUGCUGUGACCCUACAAUAAACACAAGAGUUCAGGCUAAAAAGAGACAGUAUGUAUGCACAGAGUGUGGGAAAGCCUUUAGUCAGAGUGCAAACCUCACAGUACACGAGCGAAUCCACACAGGAGAGAAACCGUAUAAGUGUAAGGAAUGUGGAAAAGCCUUCAGUCAUAGUUCCAACCUUGUUGUUCAUCGGAGAAUCCACACUGGACUGAAGCCCUACACGUGCAGUGAAUGUGGGAAGUCUUUCAGUGGUAAGUCACACCUCAUUAGGCACCAGGGAAUCCACAGCGGGGAGAAAACCUAUGAAUGUAAAGAAUGUGGGAAAGCCUUUAGUCGGAGUUCAGGCCUUAUUUCACAUCACAGAGUUCACACUGGGGAGAAGCCCUACACUUGUAUUGAGUGCGGGAAAGCCUUUAGCCGUAGUUCAAACCUUACUCAACAUCAGAGAAUGCACAAAGGAAAAAAAGUUUACAAAUGUAAAGAGUGUGGGAAGACAUGUGGUUCUAAUACAAAGAUUAUGGACCAUCAGAGAAUUCACACUGGGGAGAAGCCUUAUGAAUGUGAUGAGUGUGGAAAAGCUUUCAUCUUAAGGAAGACCCUGAAUGAACACCAGAGACUUCAUCGUAGGGAGAAACCUUACAAAUGUAAUGAAUGUGGGAAAGCUUUUACUUCUAAUCGAAACCUCAUUGAUCAUCAGAGAGUUCACACUGGAGAGAAACCCUAUAAAUGUAACGAGUGUGGGAAAACCUUCAGGCAGACUUCUCAAGUUAUUCUACAUUUAAGAACCCACACUAAGGAGAAACCCUAUAAAUGUAGCGAGUGUGGGAAAGCCUAUCGGUAUAGCUCACAGCUUAUUCAACACCAGAGAAAACAUAACGAGGAGAAAGAAACCUCAUAAAUAACAAAUAUUGUUGGUUAUAGGGCUAACUGGCUAACUGCUACUCUUCUGAAAAGCAAUUUUUAAGUAUCAUUAAUCUUAAUUCUACUUCUAUGAAUCCAUACAUGGAAAAUAAUCAGAAGUAGACAAUGAUUAACAAAAGGGAUAUUUAUGCCAGCAUCAUAUAUAACUAAAAGAAGAAAACUAGAUUUUCAACAGAAUGAGGUUUAAGUGAAUGAUGGUCUAUCUAUAUGAUGGUUUUGCAGCCAUCAUACAUUUUAAAAGAAUAUUUAAUGACAUGGAGAAAUGAUUUGAAUAAAAUGGAAUAUAAAAGAAAGAAAAAGCAAUAGAAUAAAAUCCAAAUUUUUAAAAAAUAUUUAUUCAUAGGAAAAAAUGGGAAUGAAGUAAACAAAACCAAAAUGUGAACAGUGAUUAUCUCUGGGUGAUAGGAUUAUAGGUGAUUUCUAUUUUCUUCAGUAUACCUUUCUAUGCUUUCUAGAUUUUCUACAGUGAGAAUGUACUACUUUUAUAUUCAGGAAAAUAUAGUAUUUUUUAAAUGCAGUGAGUACAUGCUCAUUUUCACUCAACAAUGUUAUUAAAGGUACAUAGUAUAUAGAGUCCAGUUUCCUGGGAUUGCACCCUAACACUGGCACUUAGCAGCAGUGGAAGAAUGAAAAAGUCACUUCGUAUUAGAGCGUAUUUGCUGUUUAGUGAUAUAAAUACCAAUCCUUUGUCUUUUGCAGUUUUAAGAUAAGCUGACUUUAGAGUUGUCAGCAAAGUAUAUAAUAUCACUGUUAGGUUAAAAGAAAACAGCAAAAAUUUACUGAAUCCUCUUUUCCCACAGUUUUGGAAGGAUCUGCAGAUGGUAAAGUACUGCCUAGGCUCCAUCUUUUCAAUAUAUGUCUAGACAACCAG